CCUGGGAACAGUGAGCAGCCAGUGAAGCAUCCAGCCUGCCGAGCGAGCUUGCGUUUAGGGUCAGGAACUGGUCUGACUAGAGAAUGGCAAUCCUGCCUUUAAAGUGUCUAUAGAAGGUGUUGACGAUGACUCGACCACAGCUCCAGGCCCAAAGGCGAAACCCUGAACCAGAGAAUGUGAAGACAUAUUUCAGGACAUUGUGAGUGCCACUAAAGAUGUCUGAUAGUGUCGAUAUUGAAGAGAAACCACCAGCCCCCCCCUUGAGAAUGAACAGUAGCUCCCGAGACUCUUCAUCAGUGAAUCACGCCUCUAAACCGCUUCCAAUGGCUCCCGAAGAGAAAAACAAGAAGGUCCGCCUGCGCUCCAUCUUCCCCGGCGGAGACAAGACAAACAAGAAGAAGGAGAAGGAGCGUCCUGAGAUAUCUUUACCUUCAGACUUUGAACACACUAUUCAUGUCGGCUUUGAUGCGGUAACGGGAGAAUUCACGGGCAUCCCAGAGCAGUGGGCACGGCUCCUCCAGACCUCCAACAUCACUAAGCUGGAGCAGAAGAAGAACCCGCAGGCUGUGCUGGACGUCCUAAAGUUCUACGACUCCAAAGAGACCGUCAACAACCAGAAAUACAUGAGCUUCACCUCCGGAGACAAGUCGGCGCAUGGAUACAUCGCAGCAAACACUCUGAACCGGCUGCUGUCAUCCGGGCCUCCUGUCAGCCUUAGAACCUGCAGCGCAUUAUUUGACAAGGGUGCCAAAACGUCAUCGUCAGAGCCCCCCAUCGCUCCACCUGUGUCCGAAGAGGAGGACGAGGAAGAAGAGGAAGAAGAGGAGGAGGAGGAAGAAGAGGAUGACGAUGACGAGUUGCCCCCCGUCAUUGCACCCCGGCCCGAGCACACCAAAUCUAUCUACACUCGCUCCGUCAUGGACCCACCAAAGCCUCCCUCCCCCGUGAAAGAAGUGGUGACGCCACCCGAGUCACAGGUCCAGCCCGAGAACACGUCCAACACCAUGUACCGCCACACCGACCGCCAGAGGAAGAAGUCCAAAAUGACAGAUGAGGAGAUCCUGGAGAGACUCAGGAGUAUCGUGAGCGUGGGGGAUCCCAAAAAGAAGUACACACGCUUUGAGAAAAUAGGACAGGGAGCGUCCGGCACUGUGUACACCGCCAUCGACAUAGCAACUGGCCAAGAGGUCGCCAUCAAGCAGAUGAACCUGCAGCAGCAGCCCAAGAAAGAGCUGAUCAUCAAUGAGAUCUUGGUGAUGAGGGAAAACAAGAACUCCAAUAUAGUAAACUACCUGGACAGUUACUUGGUGGGAGAUGAGCUCUGGGUUGUGAUGGAGUAUUUGGCCGGCGGCUCGUUGACAGAUGUAGUGACGGAGACCUGCAUGGACGAGGGCCAGAUCGCUGCGGUCUGCAGGGAGUGUCUUCAAGCUCUGGACUUCCUCCACUCCAACCAGGUGAUCCACAGAGAUAUAAAAAGUGACAACAUCCUGUUGGGUAUGGAUGGAUCAGUCAAGCUUACCGACUUCGGCUUCUGUGCCCAGAUCACUCCAGAGCAGAACAAGCGCAGCACGAUGGUGGGGACGCCUUACUGGAUGGCACCGGAGGUGGUGACUCGGAAGGCUUACGGCCCAAAAGUGGAUAUUUGGUCUCUAGGAAUCAUGGCGAUAGAGAUGGUGGAGGGAGAACCACCCUACCUGAACGAGAAUCCACUCAGGGCUCUGUACCUGAUCGCCACCAAUGGGACUCCAGAGCUGCAGAACCCGGAGAGACUGUCGUCUGUGUUCAGAGACUUCCUCAACCGCUGCCUGGAGAUGGAUGUGGACCGCAGAGGCUCUGCCAAGGAGCUGCUCCAGCAUUCCUUCCUCAAGCUGGCCAAGCCUCUAUCCAGCCUGACGCCUCUGAUUGUAGCCGCGAAGGAAGCCAUAAAGAACAGCAGUCGCUAGGGCGUGCCCUCUGUCCGCACCCAAGGCCCGGAGCCCCGUCUGUGUCGUGUGCGUUCAUGGGGCCGGGAUCUGGGUGUAUGAGGGGCGAGUGACCUGAUAGUGAUGCCACAGGGAGGGGGGAAGUGUGACUUGCAGUGACGGCACAAGAAGGACUAAAGACCCCCGAGCCUCGUACGUAGGAUGGAUAUCUGGCCUUGCAGCCUCUCGGCCCAUGCUGCUGAAAAGACCUUGCCUCUUUGUUUACUUUUCCAACACUCCAUCACAAGCCUGUGUGUGUGUCUGUGUGUGUGUGUGUGUGUGUGCGCGUGUGUGUGCGUCCACAUGUUUGUGUCAAUCGUGUUGUUAAAGGAGGCCGUCGCUCCCUGAAUCCAAAAAAAAAACCUCAGGAGUGAUGAGGAGACACUGACGAAAGCGAGGACGUGCGACGCUUUGUUUUCUUGCACCUGCAGUGACCAGCUGAUGUGAGAGAGAGAGUGACUCCUGACCUCCGACCUUUGCCUGCAUGACUACGGCUCUGUGCAGAAACACCGCUGCUCCACUGCAGUUUGUUACAUCUCAACCUACGUGUGUGUGUGUGUGUGUGUGUGGAGGGGUGCAGCUACACUGGGGAACGUCAUGAAUAAUUUCACAGGACCUCGCUCAGCUUUAAACCUCCCUCAGUAAUCUGCUACAGGUCAUGUGACCCAGCUCCUUAGAAAUAACAGAAGGCCAUGAAGGUCACGCAAGACAAGUAACGACCACAACGUCAAGUCCAAGUGCAGAUCACGAUCCCAUUUGAAACAUGUAAUAAAACAGACAGUUUGAAGUAG